UUUCAGGUUUCAAAUGCUCUGUUAGUCUUUUGUCCGAUUUACAUGCACCUGUUUCUGGUUGAGACAGUCCAAUCAACUCCAAGACAUCGCCAACAUGCUCCUUGGUUGCACAAGGCACUGAAGAUUGUCAAGGAACGAUACAAUUCAAUGAGGCAUGCAGCAACUAUUGUUGUAAGCAGUCCAACGCUCAAGGGUAUGUCACUGGUUUCCUUCUUUUAUGAGUUGGGAAUGUCCGGCAUCAGCGGUGUCUUACUGUACUACCUGAAGGCAGCCUUUGGUUUCAACAAAAAUCAAUUUUCAGAAAUUCUGAUGAUGGUGGGAAUAGGAUCAAUUGUUUCCCAGAUUCUGAUUCUUCCUCUCGUCAAUCCAUUAGUUGGAGAGAAAGUGAUACUUUGCACAGCCUUACUUUCAUCAAUUGCUUAUGCAUUGUUUUAUGGCUUGGCAUGGGCUUCUUGGGUACCAUAUCUAAGCGCUUCAUUUGGAGUCAUCUAUGUCCUUGUCAAACCUGCUACUUAUGCUAUUAUAUCAAGAGCAUCAAGUUCAGCUGAUCAGGGAAAAGCACAAGCAUUUAUCGCUGGUGUGCAAUCAAUUGCAGAUUUGUUAUCACCAUUUGCAAUGAGUCCACUGACCUCUUUAUUUUUGUCCAGCGAUGCACCUUUCAACUGCAAAGGUUUCAGUAUUGUCUUGGCAUCUUCAUGCAUGGUGAUAUCUCUAUGUUGCGCUUGCUUGCUAAAGCAUGAAAAGCCAUCAAAGAAUAUCUUGGUAGACGAUGGAGAAAAUAUCGAAGCACCACUUCUAUCAAAAAAUUAACUUUUGAUGUUGGUAUGAUUGGCAGUUAUUUAUGUAUGUAUCCUUCUUCUAGGUUGAUCAUAGUGUGUAAAUUUUGGUGUUCAUAAUUGUAUCUAAUGAAUGUAAAUCUAUUAAACAUAAAACUGUGCCAUAGCCAAUGGCUUUUCCACUAAUGAAGAAUGAUAAUCAAAUCUUUCUUAAA